AUGAAAUUCAAAUUUCUGAUGUUGGCCAUAAUGUUGGCGAUUUUUCCCAUUCCUACUGAAGCGUCAUCAAGGACCUGUCCUCGCUGGGUGAAACUAAACAAGUCGCCCGUCUGCUUUGGCGCCAAGGGAAACCAGUAUGGUCGUUUUUCCUACCAUCGAAACAUCUUCGUGAGCUCGUUCAUGCUUUUCAUUUCUGGUAACGUCACAAUUAAUGGUAUUCCAAUACAAGAUUUGUAGGUAUCUUCUUAGUCAUGAAAUAACAGCGUAUGUUGAGCAAGGGUUCAGGUAUUCAGUGUUGUUUCAUGGCAAUAAUACUACCUCAGUAUUAUUACAUGUGCCUCAGACUGUACAACGUGCAGCUUAGGAACCCCUGACUGAACAAAUGUACAGGUUUCAAGAGAAAGGACCUAAGACCUAAGAUGCCAAACUUAAAAUCUGUUUCCUCUUACAUGUCCUCCUGCAAUAGUUGAUUGAAUUCGCAAGGGUAAGCCUAACGUAAACUUCAUUAUGUUCAAAUAGGCACCCAUAGCCUCCUCUGAUCUACAGAAAAGUAACUGUUCUGGUGCCGACAAACACACAAACGCUUGUGACGAAAAUUUUUUAAGUUUCCUACUUUUUUGGAAACAAAUAAACAGAAAAUCUUGGAAAUAAUCGCCCAAAUCUCUUUGCCGGCGUUCAAGUAGAAGGCAUGCUAAGAAAAAUCGUCCUUGCAUUUUGCAAAUGAAUUAGUAAUCUCUGUUUCCCAUGCUUUUGUUUCAUGAAAUAAGUUUCUCUAAGUUGAAAUGCUUUAUAGACAUAGUAGCCACGUUUUUUUCACAAACAUAUGAAUCAAUAUUGCUAAAAACAAAAAUAACUUUUUCCGAUUUGUUCAAAUCUACGUACAGUCAACUCCCUCUAAGUCGGACACCUCUGGGACCGGCAGUAAGUGUCCGUCUUAGAGAGAUGUCCGUCUUAUAGAGAGUCAAAUAAAGGGAGUAAAGGAAGGCAGGGACCAACUCUAGGUGUCCGUUUUAGAGAGAGUCGACCGUAUUUGGAGUACUUGGCUUCUACGUCUUGAAAAACUUGUUUUCUUAAAUUGCUAUAUAAAUUGCAUUCCAAUAGAAAAGAGUGUUCAGUUUGGGUUUCAUUUCCUGGAUAAAAUGAAUGCUUGAUCUACGAAAUGCUUUUUAUCCAGGAAAUGAAACCCAAACUGAACACUCAAUCAGACUCAAUAAAAGCGAAACUAUUUAGUACCUAAUUAACACUCACUGCAUUCCACAUUGUAGUUUUUAAUCACAUGCAACGAGACUUCACACGCAUUCUUAAUAUAUAAAGAACUUUUAACAAUCUAUCUCUUUAGAAUUUGAAAAUGAUGAGCGAGUCAUCGAAACGUCAUUCAAAAUUUUUAUCGUUGAUUUUUAUUCUUAAAAAGAAAAUGACUAUUACAUUUAAUUAACACUCUCUAUUUAUUUGGUUAUUUUGAAAUUAUUAAAAUUACAGCGUAAUAGUUUUAAAGCAAUACAAUUUCUGGAUAAGGGAAUGCUAGUAACGAAAUGUUAUAUUGUUGUUACUUGUGAAUUUUCUCUCGACAAGGGAAACUUUGUUUCAAAAUCGGUGGGAUUUUAUAUUUUUCGUGACCAGGCUGAUAUAAAGCGAAGAAAAUAUUUCAAUCACUUUUACUUCUACUGUGUUUACUUAGUGAUUUGCUCAGACUAAAAUACAGCGGAACCUCUAUUAAUUAUAAACGGACCCCUAAUUAAGCGAACACUAAGCCGGGUCCCGAAAUUAACGGUAAUGUUUCCCUUUAUAACGAACCCCCUAGUAUUGGAUUACGUCCUUGAAAUACGUAAUGUAGUCGAUUAAUAAGGAUAAAUCAAUACAUUUAACUGUCAAUAACGUGUGGAAUUAUAGUGAUAUCCGGCCGUAUGAUUGCCAUCCGCCAUUAAAGUUCACCUAAAAGUUCUUUGGAACUUUAUCACAAACAAUGCGCAAUUUUUACAAACUCUAUUAAGCGGGCACCCUCUAUUAAGCGGACACCUGAAGGUCCCGAAAGUGUCCGCCUAAUAGAGGUUUCACUGUGUGUCAACCGUAGCGAUUAAAAAUAGUCACUAAUUAAAAUUGGUCAUCGUUUUACAUAUUGACGAGAAAAUUCGAGUUAUUCCCUUCUGAUACAAUUGGGCUGAAGCAGAUGAAAACCAAGAAAUGAGGAAUUAUAUUCUCAUUUAUGUUUGGAGGCUACCGGAAACAUCUGACGGACUGAGUCCUUCGUUGAAAUCCCAGCAUUACAGAAGUAUAGUGGCAUAAAAGGUACGUUAUUGUGAGAGCUUUCGUUAUGCUCUAGUUCAGUUUAUAAAAUAUUCUGAAAAAUUUUUUGUGCUUUGAGUCACAGUUGGUUCCAGAAGACUGAACACGUCAGUUUCUUUUUUUGUUCAGAAAAUGGCUCUGCUCGAGUCACUCUCCAAAAUAAAAAUGACAUUUAUUUUUUGGUUCAGUCUCGCUCUUUUAAAAUUGAAAAAUUAAAUUGAUACAAUUUGGAAAGUUAUUAUUGUCAUGCAUGAUGUUUUAGCUGUAGAAGGGCCAUAUUACAAUUCACACGGAUGAUGAGUAAAAAUAUUCAAUCGAAAAACGUAUGUGAACUUUAUUCCUCUUUUUACUCUCCUUUUAAUUACAGCGCGAACACAAUUAUGGAAUUCAAAUUCCUGUUGAUUACCUUGAUGGUGGCGAUAUUUUUUGCUCAGUACGAAGCUUCAUCAAAGACCUGUCCUCGCUGGGUGAAACUGAACAAGUCGCCGGUCUGCUUCGGUGCGCGGGGAAACCAGUUUGGUCGUUUUUCCUACCAACAAAACAUCUUUGUGAGCUCGUUCAUGCUCGUGCACCGCUCGGGAAAGGUGACGUGUAACAAAAGUGACAAAAGUCACUACAGCUACUGGGGAUGUCUACCAAAUCACGAAGGACUGAUUGUACUCUUGACUGAUCAGAACAACAAGAUACUGGCUCCAGAAGCAUCAACUGUUAGUAAGGGUGGAUGGUACAAUCUGGCCGGAUACAGUUCUUCCUCCUCAGUCCUUGUGUUCUGUGCCAAAAACAAGCCUCUCGUUGUCUUUGCUAACAGCGAGCUGCGUCUUUGGUAUGGCGAAGAUUGGGUGGACGGCACCGAAAGUGAUAACGGCGGAAAGUCUUGCGCAGAUGUGUAUGGUCUAUUGGCGUAA